AUGAGUUCGAACAAAGUCGUGUUGAUCACAGGUGCUUCCUCGGGUAUUGGAUUGGACAUUGCUGAAAAGCUGCAGCUGGAUGGUUAUGAGGUUUUUGGAACCAGUAGAAAGGGUGCUCAGCCUAAUACCAAUUACAGUUUUAAGAUGGUAGAAUUAGAUGUAACAAAAGAUGGUUCCGUAGCAACUGCAGUGGCGGAGGUUAUGAAGAAUGCUGGCAAAAUCGAUGUGCUAAUCAAUAACGCAGGAGUUGGGAUAUCAUGGGCUGCUGCUGAGGAGAGUUCUAUCGAACAAUCAAAGUUUAUUUUCGAUACAAAUUUAUUCGGAGUGAUGAGGAUGACUCAAGCUGUGUUACCACACAUGAGAGAACAAGGAAGCGGCAGGAUUAUAAAUAUCGGUUCCAUCUCAGGUAUUGUCCCGGUUGCAUUCGGUGCAAUAUAUUCUGCAAGCAAGCACGCACUGGAAGCAUACACUGAAGCUUUGGACCAUGAAGUCAGAAAUCAAGGAAUUCGUGUUUCGGUAAUAGAUCCCCAUUUAAUUAAAACACCAAUGUUCAGUAAGGAUUUGGAACCCGAUAGACCUUUAUCAAUAUACUCAGAGACGAGAAAAAGGUUGGCUACUUCCAUGGAGAAACAAUUGGAGAGUGCGGAGGAAACUUCGGUGGUUACUGAUACAGUAUUAUAUUCCUUGCAACAGACUGCUCCUCACAUUCGAUAUACCCCCGGUAGGGCAAAAAGAUUCGCUUAUUUUCGAUACUAUGCACCCUCUGCAAUCUUUGAUAGGGUUAUCCAGAAAUUUUUGGACGGUUAA